AUGGCCUACCGUAAAGCUCCACUGAAGAUUGUGACGCAGAAUUGCAGAGGUCUCAACGUGCCAGAGCGCAGGACACACCUGCUGAGAGAACUGAGGAAAAAACAUGUCUCUAUUGCCUUACUCCAGGAGACUCACUUCAAAGAGGGGACACAGUCUAGGUUAAGAAAUCGACAUUACCCCAGUAACUAUUUUUGCAACCAUCCCAUGUCACACAAAACCGGUGUGGCCAUUCUCCUAGCAGCUGACAUCGGUUUUGAAGAAUUGGACCGGAUGCAGGAUUCUCUAGGAAGGUAUCUCUUCCUUAAAGGAGUUAUAGCUAACAAGAUUUACACGAUAGCCUCCAUCUAUGUACCAAACAAGAGGCAGGCUCCCUUUCUUCGCAACGCUCUUCAACAGUUGGAAGAAUUUUCGGAUGGUAUCCUAAUUGCAGGAGGAGAUUUUAAUACCCCACUGGACCCGAUAUUGGAUUCCUCGACGGGACAUAGUUGUAUGUCGCAGCGCACUAUCAAAUCCAUCCGACAAUCGAUGGAGGAUUUGAGAUUGGUAGACUGCUGGAGGGCGCUGCACCCCUCG